AUGUCUGACAACGCAUCAUCCUCAGGGGCCGGGUUUGCGUGUCCCCGCUGUAGCAAGACGUACAAGCGACGAGAACACCUCCAGCGCCACGCUGCAUCCCACAGUAGCCUCCGACCUCACAGAUGUAGCUUCUGUGGCCAAUCAUACCAACGAGCGGAUGUACUCAAGCGACAUGCUGUAGCCUGCCAGACCAAAGUCAGGACCGGGGAGGUAUCGGCUACAGCGCCCAGCAGCCGACGAGCAUGCGAUCUCUGCGUUCAGCAGAAGAAGGCCUGUAGCACUGGCCAGCCAUGCGAACAUUGUCGUCGGAAGUCGGUCCAAUGUAUUUACUCCUUCAGUAACGGUGUAGUAACAGAAAGCAACUUGCUCGUAGGCCUGGAUGAGAAGCAAUAUGACGACGAAACCAACCUACCGACCGUGGUGUUUGGAGAUGACACGCUAUUCGACUAUCUUGGCAACUAUACUUCAGUCUCUGAUAUGCUUCAAGGAUCAGAUAACAAUCAAGACUGGUUGGACUUCAUCAACCUCGCUGCCGGUCAUUUUCAGGUAAUACCGACCAGUCCCCAAACGCACCUAGACAAUUACACCUUUCACUUUCUCGACAAUUUCACGAGAAGAUCUGGGCUGGUGGGCUCAUUUGACUGCGGGACAUUUGAACAGCGAGUGCAGGUUGAGGCAUCUCACCGACCAGGCGAAGGCCAGGGUUGCCUUACUACGGAAUUAGACGAGCUUGUACACCUCAAUGGCUCAUCAAGGGAUCUUCCGCGACCGCAACCAUUAGAUCUCCAUGACCCUCUCAUCAUCCAAACUCACCAAAUACUUCUAGACAUCAAAGAAGUCGUUACCGUCAAACCUCGAAACAGCGUCGUCGAGCUAGAAUGGUCGACGGUCCUAGAACAGACCUGUAUCCAAUUCUUUUCUCCGCAUAAUUUACGGAAAUAUCUUUCCCUCUUCUGGCAUAUAUGGCACCCUAACGUCAACUUCGUGCACCGGCCUACUUUUGACCCAGUGACCUCGAAGUCAAUCCUUGUGGCUUGCAUGGCAUUGAUAGGUGCGAGUGUGUCACCUAGCAAGACUGAUAACGAACAAGCGACGAUCUGGUUCAAUUGUGUCGAAGAAAUCGUCUUUACUGAUGACGACUUUUGCAACGACCCUCUAAACAACCAGGACACCCUGUUGCUGAAUCUGAUCCAAAAUAUUUCGAAGAUCCAAGCCCUGCAGGCAGCAUAUAUGGUUUGUCUCUACCAGGGAUGGGAGGGAACAGAGGCAAACAAACGACGAAUCCGUCGAUACCGGUUCAGUACUGUCAUAUCUAUGGCAAGAGACUUCGGUAUUAUGUCUGCCAGGCACCCGGAUUACUCUACGUGCCUAUAUGACAGAUUUGAUUGGAGAGACUUUGCUGCACGAGAGCAGCUUAUACGUAUCUUUCUCUGGAUAUAUCUUCUGGACCAUGCAUUCGUGAUCUUCAACAACCUACCUCCCAGGAUGGUCAUCAAAGAAAUGAGCAUGCAUAUGGCAUUUCCUGAGGCAGCCUUCCAAGCCAGCACAUCAACAGAAUGCGCUCGAGAACUACAAAACUGGCACUUGCGAUCCACGCUGUUACGAAACAUAACCUUUCGUGAGGUUGUUGAGAGCUUUUGUGGAAGAUCUUUCUCGAGUGACAUGCGACGGCUCUUCGCUGAUCUUGGUCCCCUUAACCUCUUCGCGGUUGUAUCAGCCUUCCAUGCACUGAUAUUUCAACACCAAAACUCCUUUGGUGGCCAUGAUCAACUACAGGCAGUUCGCAACGCUCUCGAUAAUUGGAAAUCAGCUUGGGAAACAUACUCAGAUGAAUUCUCAUUCUCACCGCCGCAUGUCAUGGUUGACAGACAUAAUGUGGCAACGGAGAAUCUAUGGAGGAGGGUAGGCUUUAUGCGGCAUUCUCCAGAAUAUUGGCUCCUGGGGAAACUGCUGGUUGAUCGCCUUUCAAGUGAUUCAUUCGGAAGUCCUGAGUCUACGGUGCCUGAUGCGAGCAGUUCAGCACACGAACCGAUUCUCACGAGAUAUGAUCAAACGAGCAAGCUGUCGAUUAGAACCUUCUCGUCAUCCCAGAACUAUUCCAUUGCUUCCACUACCACCUCGAACCCUCAGGCGCAUAAUCCAGUAACCCUACUAUCACUUAUUGCACCAGCCUUGGAUGGCAGCUUCGAACUAAAGGAAGUCUAUUUGGACUCUCUGCAACCAGAUGAAGCGUUGAUAGAGAUCCACGCCUCUGGUGUCUGCCAUACUGACCUUUCUUGUGCAAGUGGUAAAUUGCCAUGCGCACCGAAUGCUGUUCUUGGCCACGAAGGAGGAGGCGUUGUUCUCGAGAUAGGCGCAAAUGUUACUUCUGUCUCACCCGGCGAUAAAGUCCUUCUAUCCUUCUCAUCCUGUGGCUCAUGUCCUGGAUGCAAAUCAGACCACCCAGCCUAUUGCUACAGCUUCAACCAUUACAACUUCGGCGGAAAGCGACCGGACGGAUCAGCUGCCAUGUCCAUUAUGAAAGAGGGGACGAGGCAACCGAUUUACAGCACCUUCUUCGGCCAAAGCUCCUUUGCGGCGCGAACAAUUGUUCAUCGAUCAAGUAUUGUCAAGGUUCCUCAACAAACACCACUGGACCUCUUUGCGCCAUUGGGAUGUGGCAUCCAGACAGGCGUUGGUGCUGUGUUCAAUACUUUGAAUGUUAAGCCCGGUACCUCUAUCGCGAUUUUCGGCGUGGGAUCUGUUGGCUUGGCUGCCGUGAUGGCUGCAAAGGCACGGAAGGCCAGCAGAAUCAUCGCGAUUGACCUGCAGCCAGAGCGACUAGAACUUGCCAAAGAGUUAGGUGCUACGGAUGGAGUUCUCGGUCCAGAUCAGGAGUACAUAAUCAAGGCGAUAAAGAACAUCUGCCCCCCUCUUGGUGUCGACUUUGCAGUUGACUGUACUGGCGUCCCCUCCAUCGUCGAAACCAUGGUCGCUGCGUUGGGAAUGAGGGGCAGGGCAGCUACAGUUGGCGCACCUGGAGGCAACGCGCAUGCUAAGAUAGAUAUCAUGAGUCAUCUCACGUACGGCAAGGAGUACGUGGGUUGCUCUGAGGGUGACAGCAACCCUGGGGUUCUGAUCCCUGAGCUCAUCGAGAUGCAUGCCAAGGGCCUUCUGCCACUGGAGAAGCUGAUAGCAUAUUAUGAUAUCAAGGAUUAUGAGAAGGCUAUGGCCGACAUGAAGAGUGGAAAAGUCAUUAAACCAGUCUUGAAAUGGACUGGCUAGCCGCUAUAGAACCAGACAAUGGUCUUUCUUACACCAGAAUCGUGGCAUUAGCUGCACCGCCUC